CAAUUAUAAAAAUAAAUGUAAAUAUUUACAUUUUUAAUAUUUUUAGCAAAUUAUUGUAAUAUUUUGAUCUUAUUGAGAAUUUUAUUUAAGCAUGCGACGUCUUAAAUUGCUUUACUUGGGCAAUCAAUUUUAGUUUCUGAACACAUUACACAUUGACAUCUACGACUUUGACAGAACUUCACUUGCGCUGUCUCACAAUCAGGAAAUCUUUGUUAUUGUUGUUCCUAGCUUAGUAUUAAUUCUGAAAUGUAAUAGAAUUGAAAAGAAGCUACCUAAUAAAAUAAUGGAGGAAGAGAACCAGUUACCGCUGAAGCGGGUGGAGCUGUCGUUGUCCAAGUUCAACGACGUUGCAAUUCCACACCACCUGGAGCUGCUUAGACAAUACAAGGCUAACAUUAUCAAGCAUGAAGAAGCGGGCCAGUACGCACAAGUCCGCCGCGAGCAAGCGGGCGCAGGGCGCGCGGCGGCGCGGCUGCGGGCGCUGCUCGCGGAGCUGGCCGCGCUGCGAGCGCGCGUGCGCGAGCCCGACCGCCAGGCCUUCGACACCAGAACCCAGCGGUCGAGGGACCUCACACUACAGGCUAUUAUGGACUACCUAGGGUUGAUAGAGCGAAGUUGCACAGGCUUGGCGAAGCCCCGUUCUCGUCCCCGCGAAUCAUCCCCAAUGAGCAUAAGUCGGUCAGACCGUAGCACUACAGCGGUGGCUGGUAGCGCCGUCUCCACGGACUCGGUGGGCGUGGUCGCGCACGCGAGAGCGAGAGCGGAAACAGGCCAGAGCCAGAUAGAAGACGACUGUGACGUGCCGGUGCUGCAGCUGCAGGUUGACGACCGGGAAUUGGCCCUCGCAGAGCGCGAGGCUGCCCUCCGAGGGUGGACGGAACUACAAGCAGAGCUAAGAGCUCUACACGGAGUAUGGGCGGCGACGCAUGCGGCCGCGCGCGCGCAGCGGGAACAAGUGCUGGAGGCGGCGAGUCAUGUGGAAGUAGCGGCUGAUAAUGUGCAAGCAGCUAAAGCGCACCUGUCUACUGCAGAAAAACUACGCGCAGGCGCGUGGGGUGCCGGUGGAGCCUGUGUGGGGGCCCUCGUGGGAGGCCCGGUGGGGCUGCUGGUGGGCGCCAAGGCGGGCGCCGCCGCGCUGCUGGCCGGCUCGGCGCUGGGCUACGUGGGCGCCAGGCUGCUGGGACACAAGAGGCAGGAGCAGCUCGCUAUACAGGUACACUGGUGGGGGCCCGGUGGGGCUGCUGGUGGGCGCCAAGGCGGGCGCCGCCGCGCUGCUGGCCGGCUCGGCGCUGGGCUACGUGGGCGCCAGGCUGCUGGGACACAAGAGGCAGGAGCAGCUCGCUAUACAGGUACACUGGUGGGGGCCCGGUGGGGCUGCUGGUGGGCGCCAAGGCGGGCGCCGCCGCGCUGCUGGCCGGCUCGGCGCUGGGCUACGUGGGCGCCAGGCUGCUGGGACACAAGAGGCAGGAGCAGCUCGCUAUACAGGUACACUGGUGGGGGCCCGGUGGGGCUGCUGGUGGGCGCCAAGGCGGGCGCCGCCGCGCUGCUGGCCGGCUCGGCGCUGGGCUACGUGGGCGCCAGGCUGCUGGGACACAAGAGGCAGGAGCAGCUCGCUAUACAGGUACACUGGUGGGGGCCCGGUGGGGCUGCUGGUGGGCGCCAAGGCGGGCGCCGCCGCGCUGCUGGCCGGCUCGGCGCUGGGCUACGUGGGCGCCAGGCUGCUGGGACACAAGAGGCAGGAGCAGCUCGCUAUACAGGUACACUGGUGGGGGCCCGGUGGGGCUGCUGGUGGGCGCCAAGGCGGGCGCCGCCGCGCUGCUGGCCGGCUCGGCGCUGGGCUACGUGGGCGCCAGGCUGCUGGGACACAAGAGGCAGGAGCAGCUCGCUAUACAGGUACACUGGUGGGGGCCCGGUGGGGCUGCUGGUGGGCGCCAAGGCGGGCGCCGCCGCGCUGCUGGCCGGCUCGGCGCUGGGCUACGUGGGCGCCAGGCUGCUGGGACACAAGAGGCAGGAGCAGCUCGCUAUACAGGUACACUGGUGGGGGCCCGGUGGGGCUGCUGGUGGGCGCCAAGGCGGGCGCCGCCGCGCUGCUGGCCGGCUCGGCGCUGGGCUACGUGGGCGCCAGGCUGCUGGGACACAAGAGGCAGGAGCAGCUCGCUAUACAGGCUGGUCCGGCGCCCUCGGCGCCCCCGCAGGAGAAGAAAGCGCAAUAGCGAGUGCAGUGCGUCUGCUGCUAGCGACGCACUGCUCCCCGCACUCGCCGAGUGAGAUUGUACUAGAGUUGGUCAACAUUCGACGCUAUCGAGUCGCAAUUAGAACAACUGUACUCAAUUUUAUGCAGGGUUUUAACGGUUUAAUUAAAAAGUAAAAUAACAACGUAUUACAUAAAGUCGAGUUUAGAGACGAGUCUUUUUUCGCGUGCUCUAAAGGACUCGAGUUUUAAAAUCAAGACUUUUAUUAAAUUUGAAGCUUGUAAUAGUUGUAUCUUACUAAAAUGUAUGUAAAUUGUCAGUAAGUACGGAAAUAUUUUGCUUAUCUGAAUCAUGAAUGGUUUAUACAGACAUGGCUUGUCUUAAUUUUGAACUAAUGACUCUAAAGACUCGAGUCUUUACCAACACUAUUUUUUACCAUAUCUAGUCGUAAGAUCAUAACAUAACGGGUUCACAAAGUACUCGUUGCUGUGAACAGAGGUAACCCUAAAUGUGUUUGAGAAGCUGAAAGCUUAACAUCAAUAGUAUUUAUACACUCGUGAUGUAAUCAGCAAGAUUCGUUGCCUAAACAUGGUACUCCACUGAAAAGCUUGAUUACAUCACUAUUGUGUACAAUACUUUUUAUACUAGUCACCUAAAAUAAUACUUUUUUACUGUAAAAUGUAAAUAAUGAAUGUAAAUUGGUAAGUAUUUCAGUAUACAAAAAUGUUGUACAAAAGACAUAAACUCCGCGACCCCGCGCCCGUUUAGUCUUCUCUGUGGGAGCGCGGCGGCACGUGAUUGGUCAAUUUUUUUAAAGUUGACUACAAAGUAUCGAAAAAAUCUUAUAGUCUAAUCUCUGGGAGCCCAUACAUGAAAAGUACGCAAUUAUAGUUUGCUUUACGAAAUCUUAAUUCGAGCAAUACAGUCGACGAGUAGAAAAACAUUUGUUUUGAUUUGUUAAAAGUCUUAUUUAUUUUGACUUGUUCAAAUGGGUUAUACACCGUGGGCCAAUUAAACCCGACAGAUUUUAACCACGCAUUUCUGAGGUCAUAAGGAGUAAAAAAUGUUAUAUGAGUUUUGGCCAAAUUCGCCAAAAAAAAUUUUUUUUUUGUAAAAAAAAAUCCUCGGUUUUCUGCACACGACACGUUAUUUAUUUUUACACCUUGGUGAAAAAAACCAUUACAACGAAUAAGUAAAGUUUUUUUUUUUAUUUACAGACGAAAAUUGCGAGUUUACUUUAAAACUUUAAUAUCUGUCAGUAGGUAUGUCUAACCCAAGUCACAUAGUGUGUAAGUUAUAAUAAAAGAAACAAAUUUUCACAGAAAUUGUCAUUAUCUCUAAAACAAGACCGAUUUCAGAAAACAUUGUAUGACAUUUUAGUCUUUAAAUGCGGUCAAGAAUACACCUUUGAAAUCUGUCGGGUUUAAUUGGCCCACGGUGUAUAUAAGGAAGCCAAACACAAAGAAUUUAGUACAUUGACCUACCAUUUCCCGUCUCUAGCGCACAUUAUACUGCUCUUCCUAAAGUACAAGUUCUUCCUGCUUAGGCUCCUAGCCUUACACAAGCAGGGAAAUGGUCAGCUGCAGAGUGCAGACCAAGUGUAAUAUUAUGCCAAGAAUUCCCAUCCCGGCUGGGGUAUGAAUUACUAGCGUAAUUAUGUAACAAAGAUUUUUUUUUGUAAUAUAUGGACAAUAGGGUUGUUUCCAUCUACAAAUCUUAGGGCAGAAUUGUAUCCCAAUAAAUUCUUUUGGAUUAUAAGAACAUGUUAAACUACUUUUAGGGGACCUGUAAUGACCAUAUUUUUGUAAAUAUUGAAUUUAAAAUAUCUUUUGGCACACGUCACGUGACCAAACUCGAAACGUUAUUGAAGAUUCUGAUGACGUCACAACUCUCGGAUUGACACUGUUGACAGUUAGGCGAUAAACAACACAUGACAAAUGUCAGUUGGCAGUUCGUAUCUUCUACGUGUGUAUGUAGUUGUGUCAAACCGUAAACUGUGAUGUCACACAAUUUUCAAAGAGCGUUUUGGGCGCGAAAGCAUCUGUCAAAAUAUGUUUUGUUAAUUUAACAUAUUUAAAGCCGUUUUUAGUAUAAAAGUUGAAUUUUAGGGCAACUUUUAGUUAAUAUAGAACGUAAUACAAGCGUUUCAAAAAAUUGGAAACAACCCAGUUUUAUCUAUAAUAAAUUAUAACAAAGGAAUUAAUAUAUUUUCAGUACGUAAUUUUAAUAAAUCUCGGUAUUCAUAAAUGUUUGCUGGUCAAACCGAAAUUAAUGUACAUACCUACAAUACCUUUAUGGUAAAAUUGUAAGAUUUUUACAGAUGGCUUACAAAUAGUUAGACACGCCUUUAUAUUAAUCAGAGAAUCUGUUGGGAACGGUUACAUUCAUCAGAUAAGUGUUAAUUUUAAAUACAUUUCAUUAUAGUUGUUUAGUAUCCGGGAGAUCAGAGGAAAGAAAAAAUCCGUUAUUUUAUUGCAUAAGUAAAAAUAAUAAAAUUGCUUAGGUUAUUAUUGUUAGUAAUCACGUGUGCUGUGAUAUUAGCAGAUAUAGGAGAUUUUUUGGCAAAAUAAAGUUAUUUACAAAAUCAAAUAUCGACAUGUCUAUUAUCGAUGUUACCGCGUUAUAGAUAUUUUUAACAUUGUAUAAAAGAUAGCUACCGUGAAAUACACAACACGAUAUCUUGUUUGAUACACCCAUUGGUAGUUUUCUUAUUUUUGACACUGUAUUUUUUUUAAAUUACUUAAUAUAUGUAAUAAAGAAAUUAUGGUCGGAUUUGUAAUUGAUUUGCAUUCUUGAAAUUUCCCGGUAAAUUACAGCAAGUAGAGUUUACAUCUUUUAAUUAUUAAUCUAUGACUGACUUAUCGAUGUUAUUAUUUGUCGAUGUUUCAUUUUCUCAAGCAUUCAUUUUUGCCACAAAAACUUCUAUUUCUGGAUAUUAGUGUGCAUAAUGUAAAAACAUAUUCUAAUACGUAAUACAUGAACAUGACUUUAGUGGGAAUCAGUGAUCUGUACCCCUAGUGUAAAUAUUUUCGACAGCGAAACGUGAUGUACGCGUUUGCGUUAAGUGUCAUUUUGUAUGAGAUUUUUGACGUUCCAAAACGUCCCGCUUGGCGCGCUGUUCAAAAACCCAUACAAAAUGAGACUUAACGCAAACGCGUACGUCACGUUUCGAAAUCGAAUGUAUUUACACUAGGGGUACUGAUGUGUUGCCGUGCUCGGUGAGUCAUAGCGAACCUACGAGUGAAUUGCAAUUUUUUUUAACAUAGUUAAGGACCUGUAAUUAUUCUAAAGUUAGCUAAUUAAUUCCAUUGCGUUAUGGUAAUUAAGCCAUUUCUAUUUAAGUUACAUAUACUUGAAAUCAUGUAUGCAUGUAAGUGUUCUUGCGUAUACACAUAACAGUCAUCAGAUAUAUCGAAGCGGCCAAUGUGCUCAGAAAUAUCUGAACACGUCUCUAUUGUAUCUCACUAAGGCCUGAGUGCGUGUUCAGAUAUGUGUGAACACCUCGGCUACUCCGAUAUAUCUGAUGGCGACUGUACAAUACAGUACAAUUUACAUCGUUAAUUUUCGUAACACAAAUGAAUCAAUUAACUUAAGACUAAUCACAGCUUCUUAGCUACGCUUAAUGUGUUCAUUCGCCCCCACAGGACGCAUUUAUGCAGUAGUAUGAGAUAGAUGAGUAAUAAUACAACCGUGGCUCAUGUCAUGUGGGCUCACCGUGGCUCGUCAAGCAUUUCAACGCAUCUCUAGAUGUAGUUCGCCGCGCGAUCUCCGUGCUGAUAACAUGUAAAUAAACACGUGGUGCGUUAUUUAUACAAGUGUAGUGUCGUGUGACAUUAUACGCUUUGGUUUCAUUGCACCUAAAUAUCAUAAUGCCAUUGUCUCUAUAUGCCGUAAAUUUCAAAACAACUUAGUCCCAAAAUGCUUAAAUGUCAAAUUGUUUCCGUCUUAAAAUGGCCGAAUGUCUUAAUGCCUUUUAUUUAGUGUCCAACCGAAGUUUCGGUUUCGGCAUAAAAAUCGUGUUUCGGCCGAAGGUUCGGUUUCGGCGCAAAAACUGCCGAACCUUUCGGUCUCACCGAAACUUAAGACCUUGUACUUUCGUAUCUAUUUUUUAAGUGUAAAGACUGUUCAAUUUACUAAGCGGACACCCAAAAGGGAUAUAUAAAUCAAUUAGUUGGUUUAAAAACGUUUUAUUUUUAUAAACGUAAUAAAGCGCAACCCAACGAUAUACAAGAGAGAGAAUAGAAUGUAAAUACAUUGGUAAAAUAGAAGCCUAUGGAGGAAUCUGGUCUUCAACAGAAGGACAUGAUGUCACGAUCCUCAGCAUUGAGGGACCGACUGAAGAAGAAUAAGACAUUGGUAAAAUUUACGAAAUAUACUCGGAUGCGCCGCAUAAAUGCCUGCAUAUAUGUACAUUUUUGACGCAUUUCGACAAUCUGCAAAUCACAUUCGUUGAAAUUAUUCUCAUGUUUUAGCUUCUCGCCUGUCAUUUCUUAAGUUCACCUUCUCAAUGCCCCAGUACUUACCACUCCUUUUCAAAUUCAUUAGCUCCACUUUCUGACCAGCAUAGUGCGGCACUUGCCAAAUCUGGCCAAAACAAAGCAGGGAGGGAUAGUAUGCUUCUGGCUGGCUGAUGGAUGGUAACUAUUCAUCGUUUUUCGUGUCAUUAAUUCGCUACCAAUAAGUUUCAUUGCCAAAUACAACGCACUUUUUAGGCUACUGGAAUAAACUGGCUAUCAGGCAAGAUUUUUCUUCCCGAAUUUAUCUGUUUUUAUGGAUUCUCCUCACCGGGUAAUCGGGUACAUGUUCUCCUAUGACAGCAGUGUAAUGUUGGGGCCUUGUUAAAUUACUUUAUUCAUAUUUUGUGUACAUUGUGUCAUCCAGUAAAAUGCAACGAGAUUAAUCUUUUUCAUUUCUCAUGCUCUGAUGUCAUUGUUGUUCUAUGAAGUGUGCAGAAACGUAUCACUUUCUGUAUCACUAAGGCAUUUUAGUUUCAAAGUACGAUUUUUUUGGAUAAGCAAUUGAAGUUUUAUUUUAAAUGGAUUUGUUAUACAAUUUCCAUUCUAAUAUUUCAUAAACAACGAUAAUGUUGCCAAAAUUAUUAAUUGAAAGUACCCUCUAAAAAUACUAUAAAAGUUUAUACUUAGUCAUGUUUUUUUUUAUACUUGCAAAAGCAUCAUUUCAGCCUCGGACUAUUCGAGCGCCAAACUACCUCGACUGAAAUGAGUGUCUUUCAUCCCUUAGCUAACAAUCUACUAUUAGUAAAAUCCUGUAUAGGUAGCCGCUAUUGUUGCUGUGCAAUUCUUUUGGCCAUUUUAUGUUUUUUAUAUGGUCCUUUAUUGUAUAUUUUUCUGAUUUUUUUAAACUGUCCCUACGCUAACUUCUGUAUUCUAGAAUUUUGCGAACCGAUAUGAUAUUUUUAGAUUUUGACUUUUGACUAACUUGUGGGCUGUGAUCUGUGAUUUCGUAAAAUCUUCAAUUCUAUGAUGCUCUCCAAAUGUUUUAAAUAUUUGAUUUGCGUUUGACUUAGAGUUAAGCAGUGAAUAAUUGCAUGUACACCAUGAUUGGAUAGCUAACUUGCCAUGUUCUACAUUAAUUCGAUUUAUUGGAAAAAAUAUUUUACUGUUGGGAAACAAAUAUGUAGCAAUUGAUGAAUUAGAGCUUCUUGCGAGCUGUACGUCAAUUGUUUUUAAAUUAGCAGAUUAAAAGAGGUGUAUGAGUGUCCACUCAGCAAAUUGGACAGGCCUUAUUGGAGCUCGGCUGAUUGUGGCCUUUAAAAAUUAAAACUUAGAAUAGGUACAUUUUAUUUCACAUUAUAUUUACUAAACUUGUUUUAUUUUGUACCACCUAUGCGAAUUAUAGGUAUUUUUUUUAUGGGUAACGGUCCAAACAAAGUUUCGAUUUCGGUUACGGUUUCGGUCGAAACUAAAACCAAAUCCAAAACUUCGGUUUCGACAAAAAAACAUGUUUCGGUUGGACACUUUUAUUCAUAAGAUGAAAUAAAAUGAAAUUAAGAUUUAAUGAAACCAAAGCAUUUAUACUUAAGUAGGUCAUUUGUUUGAUCCUAUGUGUAGUUGAGCAACAAUAAAGUAUAAUAUGAG